AGUGGAUAUGAUACAUCAGCUAUGUACUCAUGGCAGUAUACCUAAACAAAGCAUAUUGAACAAAUAAACAAUCAUAUCAAGAACUUUGCGGACAUAAUAUCACUAAUAGACCCGCAAUGUGGUGAAAAUAACAGAACUGGAGACAGAAUGGUUCUGACGAAUUGAAACUGGCUUGCGUACAAGUAAUUGAGUACGCUCUACUGAAGAUAACUGACCUAUAUUAGAGGUGCAGUUUUACUUACUAUUAAUCACAAUAUUGAUUAGCAUAAACAGACGGCAGUGUGAUGCGUAUCCGCACGUUUAAUAAUUACACCAUGAGGAAGUGUAGACAAUUCAAAUCAAGCUCCAGUCAGAAGAUUUGGUAUGCAUUUCUCUCUCUCACGACGGGUUGUUUCAUUGGGAUUCUCCUCACAAGAUAUGGCUACGUUUUAGAAAAGAUCGACGUCAACGUAGCAAUUAACUGUGUAAAUGGUACCAAAAUCUUGUUUCACAGUCCGGAAGUGGACAAUAACAAUGCCAACUUUCGUGUGCCCAAUAUUGUGCAUUUCAUUUGGUUUGGAAAGAAUAGGGAGAUGACAUUCAUUCAGAUGGUUAGUAUUAUGAGUGCCCAUAAGAUACAGCAACCCGAUGUGAUAAUGUUCCACUAUGAUUUUCUUCCAUCGGGAAAAUACUGGGAUGAAUUGAAAAGGAACACACCCCUAAAAAUCAUCCAUCGAAACCAACCAAAAGAAAUAUUUGGUCAAAGCAUUCUGCAUGUCUACCAUAGAGGCGACAUCGCAAAACUACAGAUUCUGCAAGAAUUUGGUGGCAUUUAUAUGGAUUAUGAUGUCAUAAUGGUAAACAAAAUGAAUCAGUUAAGAAGAUAUGACAUGGUCAUUGGCUUAGAGAAACGGCCGAAAAAGUUCAACGCUGGGAUUAUAUUAUCACACAAAGAUGCUAUUUUUCUUAAACUAUGGUAUGAAUCAUACAGGAACAAUUACCGAGCCUUUGACUGGAAUUAUAACUGUGGUCGGUUAUCAUAUGAGAUAUAUUUAGAGAGACCUGAUUUGUUACACGUUGAACCCUACAAAUUUACCACGCCUGAUUGGACAGAGCGCCAUCUUUUGUUUAACGAAAUAAUCAAUUGGAGAGAGAUGUAUGCGAUACAUUUAAUGCUUCAUUUAGAUUGGACCAAUUACACACCAGAAACGGUGAAAACUUUGAAAAACACAUUUGGAGAAGUAGUUCGGAAUGUUUAUUAUGGCGAUUCUAAAGUCAUACAAAAUUAGAGUUGCAACAAUUAAAGAUAAUUUACGGAUCGGGCCUACCUUGGAAAAUCUUCCACAGACAACUGCAGUUAAAAUUAUCAGGAAUUGAUAUACUUUAUAGAUUACUAGACAGGAGCAAGCAAGUAACUCAGCAGUUCAAGUCUGAGAACACAUUUUAAGACAAACCUUAUUAUUAUUUGAAGGUUGAUUCAAACCAAAGGCUCUACGGUCGAAGCUGAGAGAGCCUCACUGUCUGGGUAGCUCAAUGAAUACACGACAGCCGCCGCAUUUUAGGGCAAAAAAGGUACAAGUAGCAAGUAAUAUGGGUUUAACCUGAGAAACAAUCAGACUAUACUAUUCCUAGAGUACACGAGCCCAUCAUCCUUCAGUUCAAUUUUUGAAACAACAUAUCCUUGUAAUUUUACUUGUUGAACUCAAAAAUGACAUCACUUUGAAUUAUGAAAGUUUAAUGGCGUAAAUCAAGGUUAUUUCUACUUGUAUCUAGUCUAUUCACAAAAACAAUAUAUUUUUACAAUCAAAAGUGGAGCAAUUCGUCAAACUUGGUAUUCAGUAUGUAGAAUAUGUACAAUACAAUACUGUAAUAAAAGGUCUCAAUCUCAAAACGCACGACUAUGGUGAGCUCAAAAACUAAACCAAACUCUUUAUACCAGUAACUCAAUCAUCAAGUAUUAGGGGAAAAAUUAAUUUCGAGGGAGUAAUCUUUGGAGCCAUAAAGAAAAGUAUUUAUUUCACAAAGGUUCAUAUCUUUAAAAUGCAAUAGUUGGUUAUCUAUUGACAAUAUUUCUGUUCAUUGAUUGAUCUAUGGUUUCGUUACAAAAAUACCUAAAUGGAUCGUUAUUGCCAUCUAAUCACACUGGUUGAGUCACAUCGCAACGAUUAUCCCCACCUUCCUUCUCUGUCUAUUUGUUUAAAUAUAACAAUUGCAAUGAGUUCUUAAAUUUCCUUGUACGUUAACAUAGAUCUUUUGAAUUUUGACAAAGUGUUUGUCAGAAUUUUUCUACCAUUUAUACAUACUGGUCUUGUCAAGAUUUUCUGUUUUGUACAAUGUACUGUCAAUUCCUAUAGUAACUAGUUUCUAAUUUUGAUUCAAAAUUACUAAUUCUAUCAAUUCUAUUGAUCUUAAAAGAUAAUCAAAAUGAAAAUAUGAUUUUGCUUAUCUUUCUCUGGCCCAAGAACCCUUUCAUGUGCUCUGUGUUUAUGUGUUUUUUGUGUUUGUUUGUUUCAUAUACAUUUAUAAAUUCACCGCUGUCCCCAUCGUUCACUCAAUGAUUUUUUGGAAUUGUGUUCCAAUUACUCGAAUAGCGAAGAAAGUUAAUGUUUAGGUUAAACUCUUCACUAAAUUCUUCUAGAUUCAAAAUUCUAUUGGACUCAUGGAUCAAAUCUUGUAACUAAC